GAAAUCCCCGCAUUGCGGAGCGCGGGGAAGCCGGGGCCGCCCGCCCCGCCCGCCUCCCGAGCCUCGGCUCGCGUCUGUUUGUUGUGAAACCCGAGCCCUCGCUCAUGUGACCCGCUCCUCCCCCCGGCCGGGCGGGGUGGCCGGGGAGGCCGCGCGCCGGGUUUUUCCAGGGUGAUGACGGGCAGGAUUUCGAGGCCGGCUGCCUCCCUGCCUCCCGCGGCCCGGGCCUCGGAGGUGACUCGGUAGAGCGUAGAGCGCAGGGUCUCGGUGCUCGUUUGGUGGGGCGCCGGCCCCCCUACCCCCCGUCCCCGGGCGGACGUCCUAACCCGCGUGCGUCCCCCCAGGCACCCGGGUGUACAGCCCCCCGGAGUGGAUCCGCUACCACCGUUACCACGGGCGCUCGGCCACGGUGUGGUCCCUGGGCGUGCUGCUCUACGACAUGGUGUGUGGGGACAUUCCCUUCGAGCAGGACGAGGAGAUCCUGCGAGGCCGCCUCUUCUUCCGGAGGAGGGUCUCCCCAGAGUGCCAGCAGCUCAUUCAGUGGUGUCUGUCCCUGCGGCCCUCGGAGCGGCCGUCGCUGGACCAGAUCUCCGCACACCCCUGGAUGCUGGGGGCGGAGGGUGGCCCCGCAGAGAGCUGUGACCUGCGGCUGCGCACGCUGGACGUGGACGACGGGGCCAGCACCACCUCCAGCAGCGAGAGCUUGUGAGGAGGGGCCGGGGCCUGGCUUGUGGAGCCAGAGGGACCCCACCCCACCCGGGCUGUCUGCUUCCUGCACAGGCAGUGACCUCUGACUCCUGGUGACCUUUGCCUUCGGCACCGGGCUGUUUCCUUCGCUUUGAGUGCCUUUUCGAACGCUGCUCUCGCGGGACUUGGUCUUUUCAAGCUCUGUCUGUCCAAAGACGCUCCGGUCCAGGCGGGGUCCCGUCCGGCCUGGCCUGGGCAGGUGCGGGGCCCCGAGACCGUCCCUCUCUUGUGCUGCUCCGGGAGGCAGGCCUGUUGGACUAUGUCGGACCAGGAGCAUGUCCUGUGGCCUCAGCUCACGGGGGGGGGCACGGGGCCUCUGGUGCCCGCUCCCCCCCACCCCUUCCCGCGCCCACCUGUCCGUCAGUGUUCGUCCGGGCACGUCUGUGCACUAGCAAUGCAACGUUGGGGCCUCCGCCGCCUGUGCGUGCGCACGUCUAUUUAUGGUCUGACCCUGAGGAGGGCUAUUUAUUGUUUAAUUUAUUUGCAGGCGUUCCCUCCUCCCGGCGCCCCCACCUUCUGCAGGCCCCGGGGUGGGGGUGGUGGCCGUGUGUGUGGACCCCAGGUCCCGGUCCUACCUGUGUCUGUUGGAAGGUGGACUUGUACAGUGGCUAAUUUGGGGGGAGAGGGUGCCUCCCCCACCUCAUGGCUCUGUGCCUGGGCGUGGGGGGGGGUGGGGGGGUUUUAAAUUAUUGACCUUGUACAGUCCGCUUGUUGGCUCUGGAGGCUGGGGGGUGGGGGGACAGAGUCUCAAGCCUUUAAUUUAUUGUAGCAGCUGUCUCUGUAGUCCAGGUGCAUGCGCACCGUGGAUGGGGUUUCUUUCGGUUCAAAAGUGAGAUGUCUGGAGAUCCUAUUUUUUAUACAGGUAUUUCAAUUAAAUCGUUUUUGUAUAUAACA